UAGAACAACUAGGAGGUGAAGGGAGAGUGUACGGCAAUAUUUAUGUGCUGACGGAAGAAAGAUUAGAAGGAAAGUUUAGUUUCGCAGUUCAGUUGAUUUUACGCAAUAGAUUCUCAUUAUCGGACUAUCCGGAUUAUCGAUCGACUGAUACAUGGCUUUGAUCGCGAAUGAUCGAAACUGCAAACUCGGUGGGUCGGCGGCGACAUGCACUAGGAUUGGUGUCAGGAGAGACUGCAUCCCCAGCAAAGCAAGCGGCGGGAUAAAUAUCAAAAUGCAGCCUGCAGAAGCAGAGUUCUCAACGGACGGUUUGCCCAAAGCAUUUCUCCACAGUCUGCGGACUUUGUUUGACAUCUUGGAUGACGGGAAAAGGGGCUUUGUCCACAUCUCGGAGAUUGAAAGUCGCUGGGGCGCAGACACACAGGACUUACCCGGCGGUGUGCUGGAGUGUCUGCGAAGGGUCGCCCCACCGCACGGUUACCUAACUUUCGAGCGCUUUGUUGCCGGGCUGCGACACUCAAUGCUCAACCCACACAACGAUCAUCUGAGGCAGCAAUCUACCAUUCAACAACCGCAAGUUCUCACUCAACCCGCCGGAAUGAAGCCCGCUCCGCCAGCGUCACACCAGGCGCCCACGCAGAAAAAUCCGGGCGCCGUCCCCGGCAGUUCGCUUGGACACUGGGGCUUGGAGAAUAAAGUGCGCCCGCUGGGUCCCAGCAACGGCACCAAUCUGCACCACAGCCGAAACAUUUCUCACCAGAACCACCCCAGGCAGCACGAGGACUUGACCUGUGGGUAUGCACCAUUUAUCAAACCUGGAGAGUCGCUGCUGUACCCCACCUCAACCCCUGCGGUCCCUGGUUGUCCGGGGCGCUACACUAAUGCGGGAUAUGAGAGGACAGGCCGAAGUUUGGAAAGAAUUCCAAAUGUUGCCGAAAGCAAUUCUUAUCGGACGGAUUCUUCUAGAACUGCGAAACAGCCGAACGCGCACCAGAACCGAGUCAGAUCUAUAGAAUCGCUUGCGCUCGAGUCGCCGCACGUCCAGAAACCAAGUGCAGUGGAGGGUGGGGGGUUGCCACGGUCACAGAGUGAGACCACCACAGGAUUGGCUGGGUCCCGGCGUCACGGGCGGAGCCGCGAUGAGCAGAGACGUCACACCAUCACAAAUGGAGUCGACUACGGAAUGCUGAAACAGAUGAAAGAGCUGGAGCAGGAGAAGGACUCCCUGCUGGCGGGUCUGGACGUCGUGGAGCGGGCCCGGGAGUGGUACCAGAACCAGAUCCAAAAUGUGACCGAGCGACAGAGAGCCAUGGGCCAGAGCAGCCAAUGUCCGGAUUUCUUCACAGAAUCAAGUCAGACUCGUCUGAACGCCAUUCUUCCAAAAUUACAGGAAGUUAACCGCAGCCUUAAUGACCUCAUAUCCUGUUCCGGAAUGCCCUUCACGGCCUCCGGCACGUUGGCCUCCGUUCCCCCCAACCCUCAGCCUGCCCCCCCGCCGCCCCCACAAGCAGUUCAGAGACUGAAGGAUCAGAACAGGCUGCUCACACAGGAGGUAACAGAAAAGAGUGAGCGGAUCACCCAGCUGGAGCAGGAGAAGUCUGCUCUGAUCAAACAGCUGUUUGAGGCUCGCGCCCGGAGCACUCACGACACCAGCGCCCUGGACUCCACCUUCAUCUGACCCCGCCCCCAACAACAGCACCAGCGCCCUGGACUCCACCUUCAUAUGACCCUGCCCCCAACAACAGCACCAGCGCCCUGGACUCCGCCUUCAUCUGACCCUGCCCCCAACAACAGCACCCUGUACUCCACCUUUAUCUGACUCCACCCCCAAAAGCAGUGCCCUGGACUCCACCUUCAUCUGACCCUGCCCCCAACAACAGCACCAGCGCCCUGGACUCCGCCUUCAUCUGACCCUGCCCCCAACAACAGCACCAGCGCCCUGGACUCCGCCUUUAUCUGACUCUACCCCCAAACAACAGCACCCUGGACUCCACCUUCAUCUGACCCCGCCCCCAACAACAGCACCACCACCCUGGACUCCGCCUUCAUAUGACCCCGCCCCCAACAACAGCACCACCACCCUGGACUCCGCCUUCAUCUGACCCCGCCCCCAACAACAGCACCACCACCCUGGACUCCGCCUUCAUCUGACCCCGCCCCCAACAACAGCACCACCACCCUGGACUCCGCCUUCAUCUGACCCCGCCCCCAACAACAGCACCACCACCCUGGACUCCGCCUUCAUAUGACCCCGCCCCCAACAACAGCACCACCACCCUGGACUCUGCCUUCAUAUGACCCCACCCCCAACAACAGCACCACCACCCUGGACUCCGCCUUCAUAUGACCCCGCCCCCAACAACAGCACCACCAACCUGGACUACACCUUCAUAUGACCCCGCCCCCAACAACAGCACCCUGUACUCCACCUUUAUCUGACUCUACCCCCAAACAACAGCACCCUGGACUCUACCUUCAUCUGACUCCACCCCCAAAAGCAGCACCCUGUACUCCACCUUUCUGACUCCACCCCCAAAAGCAGCACCCUGUACUCCACCUUUAUCUGACUCCACCCCCAAAAGCAGUGCCCUGGACUUCACCUUCAUCUAACCCCGCCUAUGCAGUGUGCUGCCAAGGAUUUGACAGGACUCCUCCUAAAAAGGCAACACCUUUACCUUUACCUUCAAAGUGUCAGUGACCACACCCAGUGCCGACAGCCUUGCUGAAAUGAGCUCAUCACGAGACAUUCGCUGCGACUCGGGAGCCAGAGGGAUCACUGCACGGCUCAUUUUCAUGGAGAAUUAGGGUUCACAUUUUGCACGUUGCAGUCUUCCUUUAAAGCAGUUGCUUUUCUGACACUUAUUAUUGAACUUGAACCAGUGCCAUGAAUGUGUCAACCUGAUGAAAGAUGCUCUGAUCUACACCACAGUCUGAAUUAGGAUUUUCCCUUUUUUGGAAGGGAAUCAUGUGAUCCUUGCAGGUUUCACACCAUAAUCUGUUCUGAAAACUCCACAUGGAAUUUCAUACAUCUGGAGACCUUCUAAUUUUUUUAAAUCAAGCAAAACAUGGUGCAGCCGUCCCUAGUAAGGUCAUGGGGGCUAGCGGUGUUGCACAGCAUGUGUUUUUCUGUGGUGCACGUGGCGCAUGAGCAGAGUACCCAUGGGACUUUGAGCCAGGAUUAGAUGUUUUGGUUCUGAAAGGGUUAAAAGCACAAAAAAACCUGUUCUUGGAAAUACUGUGAUUAAUCUAACAGGGAAUGCUGGUCUCUGACCAGUGCAGCCUUCCUUACCCAUCAGGUAGACCAGAACCUGACAAAGGCAGCACAAUUUACUGCUCGAGAGACAACUGCUCAGCUAAUCGGAAAGAGGGUACGUCUUCUGAAGACUGUUAGAACAGUUCGGCAGGACAAAAAUAACCAACACACAAGCACAGCAUUACUGCUUUGAAAAGAUUUCAUUAGGAAAUCCAUUUAUUUUUUUUUGACUACUAAUAGAUAGUGGCAUAAUAUAUAGUGGGAUAUACAGUGAUAUGUCACUUGUAAGAGAUCAUAUGCUGUUGCUUAUGAAAGCUUUAUGCAGUGCCAAUGCCAUGACUACAAUGCAUCCCUCAGGGCUCUACGCUAACAUUUUUCCCAAGGGGUACAUGUGCUUCUAUGUUGAAAAAUUUAACAGCACACCCCCAAAUUUGUAGAUGUGUGCUAACUGGAAAAAUAAUUUAGGAGCACAUCGAUUUUCAGGAGCAAAUGCUCCUAAAUUGGGAGCACUGUAGAGCUCUGUCCCUUAUGAAGAGGUCAUAUGACAGUUAAUUUAAUGGCAGGUGCAUGGCCAUGUGUUAAUACCCAUCGUUGAGACUUCAUUGGUCUCGGUUCUAAAUGGACCCAGAAGAAAGGAGGGCUAAACCCAUUUCCGGUUGAGAUGAACGUGGCCAUGAAUUUCGGACUCUGAGGUUGCGAAAUUGGCACACCACAUCCGAUAAUGCCAAUUGCUCAAUAGGUAAUGAUAACUUUUUGUUAUGGGGUGGGUGGGUGCAAACCGAGGGGGAAUCUGAUUGGUGUUCUCCUGAGUGGAGGAGGCAGAGCUGGAGAGGGAGGAACUUGCACGUGGAGGAGAUGAGUGUGGUGUUUUGCAGAAUGUGCAGAUUGGAAAAAGAAUGUAGCUGGAUGUGAGAAGCUGAACCCUAGUUGGAUAAGAGGGGGGGGGGGGCAUGUUAUAGGAGUCCCAAUGCCACAGCACUACUUCCCAUUGUGUGUGUGUGUGUGUGUGUGUGUGUGUUCUUGCACUGUCUCUAACAUAUGACUCCAGUGCAGAUUCAGUACGCAAAGCUAUUAAAUUACACACCAUGUCUGUUAUGUGGUACGACUGAAAUAUGCACAAAUUCUAUUCAGAUAAAUAAAACUCCGUUAUAAACUUGUUUGUAGGACCAGAGUCCAUAGUUAUUGUACCAUGUUGCCCUGUCAGUUUCUAGGAAUGCAAGAACUUUGACUUCUCCAAGGAGAUGUUAUGACCGGAAAAAUGUUCUGCAUGAGUAAGAAGUUUUUUUGCCUGGGGGGGGGGGGGGGGGGGGGGGGUGAAUCAGGUUUGUCUAGAUUAACACGUUUGUAGCGUUACUUUUGGAAAGUCCUCCCAAGGCUGUGAUCCUAGGGCAAGUGCCUGGAGAGACAAGAAGGGCCCUAAUGCUUGUGUUUGGGUUUGAUUUCAUAAGGACAUCAUGCGCAUCAUCCAGGCAUGGAAGUUCAUAGGGUAGUACCAUGUGACCAGGGUUGACCACGCCCCUGUCCAAUCCUGAGAAGCUGCUGGGGUUACAGCAGACACAAUCGGUCUUGUCCGUGUCAGUCUUAUUUCAUUGUUUUUCCUCCAGCCUCCUGAAUGUCAUACUGUUCCUCUGACUGAAUGUGUGUGCUUGUAUCAUUUCUUCUAUAUUUUGAACAGAGUUCUCUUCUUUACUCUGACUUAAUAAAACUCCAAUGCAUUGGCCCCUGGGCGCUAUAUAUGCUAUUCAGUGUGUGUGUGCGUGCGUAUGCGUGCAUGUGUGUGCGUGCAUUCAUGCAUGCGUGUUUUUAUCAUGUAAUAGAUAGUCCACUCCCUUUACCCUUCACAUCACACGACACCUAAAGUUUUAUGAAUGUGUUUUUAGAGACAGCAUUAUCCAAAUAGAUAUUUUUGCAUGCCUUUUUUUCUGGUUGUGAUUUAAAGGUCGCUUUGAGUGCAGCUCUUUUUUUGUUAAGUGCACUGAAAACAUUGGAAACCUUUACUAAGAGAAAACAUAAAUGCAUAAAUAUAUUAAGUUACUUAGAUUUUAAAAAUCUGUUUUGCAUGGAUUUCAUGGAAUGGAAUUUUGUUUUGAACUGGGGAAAUCUUUUUUUUUUUUUCCAGGUGGUUUUUAAAUAUACCUGGCUCUUAUGAAUUAGCCAGAAAACAGAACUACCAGUUACCACAGAAAAACCUUAUUUCAAAAGGCUUUCUGAAGGCUAAAAAAACAAACAAACAAAAUGAAAUUAAUGAGAACUUGCUUGUUCUGACUCUUGACACUAGUGAUAAUUGGUUUAACAGAGGUUAAUAAAGGUAAUUUAGAUGCCACUUGCCUCAGUGGAAAGGUGUGUGAAAGCUACAGAAGCAGGUGAGAGAGUAAGUACAGCAGAACAGAGAAGGGAGCAGGGAGUUCGAUGCAGUCGUAUGCUCAUUUAUACACUACACCCUCUCAUCUACUUUUCUUGUGUGUAAAAUAUGUCCCACUAUUGCUGUAAAUAAUAAAAUACCAUGUCUA